AUGCCCAGCGAUGGAAUUGGCAGCUUUGGAGGCCCUAGCGUCAGCAGCCCCUCCCGCCCGGGCUCAAGUCGCCCACCUCUGGGGCCUGGAGAUGACCCUGCCUCAUGGCUGUCGCCCACCGCCGUCACCUUCAGGAAGGCCCCGGGAGCCCUGGCCGCCCGCUGGAGCCCCAACCCUGGAUCUGGGCCCGACCCUCCUCUGGCUGGCAACACUACAGAGACCGCCCCAGGCUCCACCUCUGCCGGGAGCCCCCUACCUGGCCCUCUCCGACUGCCUCCGGCCCGGGCCCCCGCCCCUCGGGUCCGCCCAGCUUUAGAAGGCCCCGCCCCCAGGGCCGCCCUGGGCCCGCCCCCUCCCGCGCCGCUCCCGCGCUGCCCGUUUCAGGCCGGUUGGCAUCGGGCUAACAGCUGCGCCACGUCCGCCGCCCUGGCCACCCGCGGACCGCCGGCCCGGCCCGCGCAGGCAGCCCCAACAGGGAGAGAAGCAGAGGAGAGAGGGGGGAUCAGACUUGGGAUGGGGGACGCUCCAGGUAGAGGGGGAGCCCAGAGGAGGCACCUGAACAAGCGUGGACGGUCUGAGAAGUAUGAGCUGAAACCAGAAGGCCCCACCAGCAUGGGCAGUCUCGCCUACCAAGAAGACUUCGAGGAGGAGAAGAACACAGCAUUCACCUGGGAGGUGAAAGCCAACAGCAGGACCUACAACAGCCAGUUCAAGAAGAACAGCUUCCUGUGCUGGCAGAGGCAGAAGUAUAAGAGCAAUGUCAUCUACACUGCCAAGUACAAUGUCUUCUCCUUCUUGCCCCUGAACCUGUAUGAGCAGUUCUGCCGCAUCUCCAACCUCUACUUCCUUUUUAUCAUCAUUCUCCAGGGUUUCCCCGAGAUCUCCACGCUGCCCUGGUUCACUCUCUUUGCCCCGCUUAUGUGCCUCCUCAUCAUCCGGGCCACCCGAGACCUGGUGGAUGACAUCGGGCGACACAGAAGUGACAGGAUCGUCAACAACAGGCCAUGCCAGAUCCUGGUGGGGAGGAGGUUCCUGUGGAAGAAAUGGGCGAACCUGCGUGUGGGAGACGUGGUGUGUCUGCACAGAGACAACAUCGUCCCGGCCGACCUGCUCUUGCUGGCCAGCACGGAGCCCAGCAGUCUGUGCUACGUGGAGACCACAGACAUUGACGGGGAGACCAACUUGAAGUUCAGGCAGGCCCCGCUGGUCACCCACCUCCAGCUGACCAAUAUAAGGAACAUGGCUUCCUUCCAAGGCAAGGUGGUGUGCGAGGAGCCCAACAGCCGGAUGCACCACUUUGUGGGGUGCUUGGAGUGGGACGGCAGGAAGCACCCCCUGGACAGCGGCAAUGUGCUUCUGCGCGGCUGCAGGGUCCGGAACACGGACACCUGCUACGGGAUGGUCAUCUAUGCCGGUUUCGACACCAAGAUCAUGAAGAACUGCGGCAAGAUCCAUCUGAAAAGAACCAAGAUAGACCAUCUGAUGAACAGGCUGGUGAUGCUGAUCUUCGUGUCCCUGGUGCUGAUCUCCAUGGCACUGAGCUUCGGCUUCUGGUUCAAGGUGAAGGAGUUCAAGGCCAAGCACCACUACGUGUCCUCCAAGCACCUGUACAGCGCGGCCACCGAGACCUUCCUCAUCUUCUGGGGCUUCCUCGUCCUGCUGAGCGCCAUGGUGCCCAUGGCCAUGUUCAUCAUGGUCGAAUUCAUCUACCUGGGGAACAGCAUCUUCAUCAACUGGGAUGUGCAGAUGUACUAUGCACCGCAGGACGAGCCUGCCAAGGCGCGCAGCACCAGCCUCAACGACCAGCUGGGCCAGGUGGAGUACAUCUUCUCGGACAAGACCGGCACCCUCACCCAGAACAUCAUGACCUUCAAGAAAUGUUGCAUCGGGGGUGUCAUCUACGGCCCGGAUGAAGAGGAGGAGACCCCACAUAAGGAGAACCCCUACCUCUGGAACAAAUUUGCCGAUGGGAAGUUUCUUUACCGCAACGCGAAGCUCAUGCGCGCUGUCCGGGACAGUGAGGACGAGAUGGUGCGGGAGUUUUGGCGCCUCCUGGCCGUCUGCCACACCGUGAUGGUGCAGGAGAGGGGCAGUGAGCGCCCACCCACCCCGUGGUUCCCUCCCUGACCAGACCAGCUGGUGUACCAGGCUGCAUCCCCCGAUGAGGAGGCGCUGGUCACGGCGGCCCGGAAUUUUGGCUACGUGUUCCUGGCACGCACACAGGACAGCAUCACAGUGAUGGAGCUGGGGGAGGAACGGGUGUACCAGGUCUUGGCCAUGAUGGACUUCAACAGCAUACGCAAGCGCAUGUCAGUGCUGGUCCGCAACCCCGAGGGCUCCAUCUACCUCUACACCAAGGGCGCCGACGUGGUCAUCUUUGAACGCUUGCACAAGAAAGGCAUGAAAGAGUGGGCCACAGAGGAGGCCUUGGCUUGCUUUGCUGAGCAGACCCUGCGGACCCUGUGCCUGGCCUACAAGGAGGUGGACGAGGGUGUGUACCAGGAGUGGUGUCAGCGGCACCAGGAGGCCAGCAUCCUGCUGCAGAACCGGGCCCACGCCCUGCAUCAGCUGCUGGGAGCCACGGCCAUUGAGGACAGACUCCAGGACGGCGUCUGCGACACAAUCAAGUGCCUCAAGCAGGGGAGUAUCAAAGUGUGGGUACUCACAGGGGAUAAGCAAGAGACAGCGGUGAACAUCGGUUUUGCGUGCCAUCUGCUCUCGGAGAGCAUGCUCAUUCUGGAGGAGAAGGAUAUCGUUCGCAUCCUGGAAGCCUACUGGGAGACCAACAACAACGAGCCGGGUGGCAAGGGCCAUCGGAAGAAGCGGUUCCUGCCACAGGUCAAGAUGGCCAUGGUCAUUAGCGGGGAGUUCCUGGACCAGCUGCUGCUGUCCCUGCGCAAGGAGCCCCGGGCGCUGGUCCACAAGGUGAACAUGGACGGGGACGAGUCCUGGCAGGAGCGCGACGAGCAGAAGACGGACUUCCUGCGGGCUCGGCGCAUAUCCCUGAUGUGGCGGACCCUCGGCCUCCAGCUGAGGAGCACGGGCUUGGCGCCGCAGGUCACGGACUCCCACACCAGCGAGAGCCCCGAGGUGCGGCGGGAGCGGGCCUUCGUGGAGCUGGCCUCUCGGUGCCAAGCGGUCAUCUGCUGCCGGGUGACGCCCAAGCAGAAGGCUUUGAUCGUGGCGCUGGUUAAGAAAUACCAGCGCGCGGUGACCCUGGCCAUCGGGGACGGCGCCAACGACAUCAACAUGAUCAAGACUGCGGACAUCGGCGUGGGGCUGGCGGGUCAGGAGGGCAUGCAGGCAGUGCAGAACAGCGACUACGUGCUGGCCCAGUUCUGCUUCCUGAAGCGGCUGCUGCUGGUGCACGGGCGCUGGUCCUACCUGCGCGUCUGCAAGUUCCUGCGCUACUUCAUCUACAAGUCGGUGGCCUGCAUGAUGGUCCAGAUCUGGUUCGCCUUCUACAGCGGCUUCUCCGCCCAGCCUCUGUAUGAAGGCUGGUUCCUGGGCUUCUUCAACCUGCUCUACAGCACACUCCCCAUUCUGUACAUCGGUCUCUUUGAGCAGGACGUGAGUGCCGAGCGGAGCCUGGAGCUGCCCGAGCUGUAUAUUGCAGGCCAGAAGGACGAGCUCUUUAACUACCGGGUCUUUCUCCAGGCCCUCGCCCACGGCACAGUCACCUCCCUGGUCAACUUCUUCGUGACCCUGUGGGUCAGCCAUGACUCGGCUGGGCCUGUCAGCUUCAGCGACUAUCAGUCUUUCGCUGUGGUUGUGGCCAUGUCGGGCCUGCUGUCCAUCACCAUGGAGGUCAUACUCAUCAUCAGGUACUGGACGGUCCUGUCCGUGCUGGCCAUUUUCCUCAGUCUCUGCUUCUACAUGGUUGCAACUUGGGCCAGCCAGAGUUUCUGGCUCUUCCAAAUCUCACCCAAGACCUUCCCAUUUCUGUAUGCUGACUGCAACGUUCUGUCACACCCCUCCAUCCUGCUGGUCAUCCUGCUGAAUGUGUCACUAAACACCCUGCCCACACUGGCUCUGCGUGUCAUUUGCCAAGCGCUCAAGAAGGCAGGCCCUGAGGAGGUGGAGGAGGCCCCAAGUGAGGAGAUCAUCCCGGUGGAGCCCGGGCGUUACCUGCACCGGGGGUCGCGCGGCCGGCGCUCCAGCUAUGCCUUCUCCCACCGCGAGGGCUACGCGGAACUCAUCACUCAGGGCACCAUUCUGCGGAAGGCACCGGGGGUCAACAGCGACAUGCUGGUUGACCACACAAUCCCAUCUGAAGAAGAGCUGUCCCCAGGCAUGAAGGAGUCAUUCCGGUUCUCCAGGAAGAUGUCCCUGCUGGGGAAGAAGAGGCACCAGCACCAGGGCAAGGUGUCCUCGGAAGAGAUGUCGCCGGCCCGCGCGGUGAGCUCGACGGCCACGGCGGGCACGCUGUGCUUCCAGGAGUCGCUGCCGAGGAAGCAGGAAAGCGAGCCGCUGCCUUCGGGGAGCGCGGCGCAGCCCUGGGGCCAGCCGUCUGGGCAGAGCCAGCCGGCGCCGCUGGAGGAGAAGCGGUCCGCAUGGAGGUCCCCGCUCCUUUCCUGGAAGAGCCGGCCCUACAGUCGGCAGAAGUUGCAGCCGCCCAGGGAGGGCACGGCGCCGCUGCGCAGCCAGACCCUCCCCGCCGUGGGGCCGCCCACACCCCCACCCACCGGAGAGUCCUCCGCGGACGGGCCCUCCCGCCCGGGGAGGAGGCUGUCGUCCCUGUAG